AUGUCGGAGCCCUCUAAGGAGCUGAAUGCCGAGGUGAAAGCUCCUGAAUGCAUUGAUUCAUCGAUGAAGGAUAAGGCAGAGCCUUCGUCGCGAGUGGAGGUUAAUCGUGAGGCAUUGAGUGGUUACGAUGAGUUGGUCACCGAGGAGGAUAUUUACGCCCUAGAGCGGUCGCGGAGAGGACCCCGACGACCGUCUUGGAAGUUACUCAAUCCUCCCAGGAAGAGGUCGGGAGAGCAAGCGAACCCUAUCGUGGUACUACUGGGGUCAUAA